AUGUCACACUCUUCUGAUGAAGAAGAAGGUUUUGCUGGAGACUUGUUUGGUGCUGAAGAAGAGAUAGAAACAAUUGAAGUAGCACCUACUUUUGAAGUCUAUGCAAGAACAUCUUUACCUCUAGAUGAUCCACAAAGAGAGAUUAAAAUUAAACUGGUGGGUUCUCAUCCUUUAUGGGCUCAUCAUUUAUGGAAUGCAUCCAAAGUGUUUGCUUCAUUAUUUGACAAUACACCUCGUCUUGUGAAAAACAAGAGUAUACUUGAAUUAGGUGCUGGUGGAGCCUUGCCUAGUCUGGUAGCUGCAUUGAAUGGUGCAUCCACUGUGGUUGUGACAGACUAUCCUGAUAAAGAACUAAUCGAGAAUAUUGAAUACAAUGUAAAGCAUACCAUUCAACAACAACAACAACAACAACAACAGAAUGUGAUUGUAGAAGGCUAUAUUUGGGGCACACCCACCGACAAGUUACGAGCUCAUUUACCCAAAGGUCAAUCGACAUUUGAUGUGUUGAUCUUGAGUGAUCUUGUGUUUAACCAUUCACAACAUCAUGCUAUGCUCAAAACAUGUCGUGAACUAUUGACACCCAAUACAGGCCGUGUUUAUGUGUUCUAUACUCAUCAUAGACCUCAUUUGGCUCAUCGUGAUCUUGAAUUCUUUGAAAUUGCACAACGCCCUGUACAAGACAAUGUGGAUCCAGAAGAUCGGGAUAGAUUGGGUUACGGAUUCAAAGUGGAUCACUUCAUGACACAAAAGAUGCAUGUCAUGUUUAAAGAAGAUCCAGGAGAUGAACAAGUCCGUGCCACUGUGCAUGGUUGGCAAAUGUGGAUAGAAGAAUAG